GGUUGGCGGAGUAAUUAAUAUAUUUAUUUAAAAAAAAGUUAUUGGUUUGACAGGUUUAGGUGGAAGGUAGAGGUGAAAGGAAGGAAAGUUCGUGGAUGGUGGCAGGAGUUGAAUGUGCUCGAAAGAGAAGGUUGCAUAACAGUCCCUUCACUCGUGAUUCCAACACGCGCUCUUUCUGUUUGUAUACCAGGAAUCUCCAAUCUCCCUUUUCCUCUUCCUCUUUACUGGAACGAAGCAUGCUGAAUCAGGCAUACCCAGAUGAGAAUCUCGGAGGAGAAGCACUCGAAGCCAAACGGAGACUGGAUCACAAGCUCAUGGCACAUAUCGAAAUACAAAACAAAGGCUGUGAUCACAAAAGGAAAGGUUUUUUUCAUGGAUGCUGGCGGCAACUCAGAUCUUGGGGAAUCUAAAAAAAUUGAAAUUGAAAAAUCCUGGACCAGCUUCUAGUCUGUUUGUUGUUCCGAAACGAGAGAGAGAGAGAAACAAACAGUGUGUAAGAAACUAGAAAGCCUUGAACAUAUUUUUUGUUCUUUUCUGGGUUCAGGAAUCAUACAAAAAUGGGUUGAGUGCUCAGGUUUCAAGACACAAUGAUGCUUGAUCCGAUCUAGAUCUUAGGAAAUAAAUUUUUGUUCUCCUUGACGGUUGUUGUUUCUUUCCUCGAUAGAUUAUAAAUAUAUUUAAUUUAUAUA